AUGGGGUUAGUCGAGCUGGUCUUAGAGACCCGCUGGUUGAUCGUCGGCAGUCUUUUCAUCCUCUACUUCUUGAAAAAGUUCCAAGCGUACUAUCGUCUCCGGAAGUUCAAGGGCCCACUUAGCUGUGGUUUCUCCCAUUUUCUGCACACCAAGGCCGUGCUCAGUUUGCGGUGCGAAAGAUGGUAUAAAGAAAUGACGGACCAGUACGGCUCCAUUGUCCGGAUAGGCCCAAAUGCACUCAUUACCUCAUCGCCAGAGUUAUGGGCUCAUAUCAACGCGGUCCGGUCUCCAUAUAAACGGUCCGACUGGUAUUACCAUGCGGCUCGGUUCAAGCCAGGCGAAGAUCAUGUUUUCAGUGAGACGAAUAACGAGAGGCAUGACCGGAGGCGAAAGCAGAUGUUAAUGGGAUACUCCGGAAAAGAAAAUCUGUCGCUAGAAUCGGACAUCGACUUGCGUGUGCUGGACUUUCUAGAUCUCAUUCGCAACCGAUACCUGUCCACGGAAGACUGUCUGAAGCCAAUGGACCUGGCGAAGAAAGUACAAUACUUGACAUUGGACGUGAUCAGCACGGUCGGCCUAGGAAACAGCUUUGGCAUGCUCAAGGCCGAUAAGGAUGUCAAUGACUACAUCAAAUCUGGAGAAGAAGGACUCUGGGUGUCGAACUUUCUGAUGGGCACAGGUCUACACUGGAUCAUGCAGAUUGAGUGGGUCGGGAGGCUUCUCGGGCCAUCCACGGAUGAUCUGAAGGGCUUUGGGAAGAUGAUGGCCACGACCGGGCAGAUGGUGGCGAAGCGACUACAGAGUCCGACCAAUGCGCGGAGCGAUAUGCUGGCUUCGUUUAUCAGACAUGGGCUAAUCGGCAACGAACUAUGGAUGGAGGCGUUUGAGCAGGUUCUGGCCGGAUCCGACACCACGGCGUCGGGGAUCCGCGGUAUUCUACUUUGUCUACUGUCAAAUCCGCGAGUGUACAAGAAGCUGCAGGCUGAGAUAGAUGGUGCGGUUCAAGAUGGCAGAGCGCCUUCGACCGGUAUCAUUUCUGACGCCCAACUACGACGACUCGAGUACCUGCAGGCGGUAAUCAGGGAAGGAUUGCGGAUCUUUGUACCGGUCGUCAACAUUUUCGCGAGAGACGUACCACCUGAAGGCGACGAAGUGAUCGUGGAUGGGGAAUCUGUUCAAAUCCCAGGAGGUACUUGGAUUGGGUAUUCUGCGUUGGGCAUGCAUCUCAACAAAGCCACCUAUGGGGAAGACGCGGAAGUCUUCAGGCCGGAACGAUGGCUGAUUGACGACAAAGAUCAUCUGGCGAACAUGACGAGAGUCAAUGAUCUUAUAUUUGGUUACGGUCGCUGGAAGUGUCUCGGUCAGACGGUGGCGUUAAUUGAAAUCGGCAAGACGAUUUUCGAGGUACAUGAUGAGCUCCCUCUCCUGACCAUAGUUGGCCUUGACAUACUGACUGUGCUGGAAGGCGCUGCGUAA